AUGGCCAAUCCUUUCGACGACGAUGAUGAUAGUAAGUGAUUUUAUUUCUAUUUUGUUUCGAAUUUAGAUUUUAAAGCUGCUAAUCUUGUUGGUCGGCUUUUGUUAAUUUGAUCGAAAAAUCAAGAAGAAUUUAUAUUGUCUUAGAUUAAGGGUUAGUUCCUGAUGAAUCACUUUUCGUGAACAAAUAUAGAUAUUGUUUGGACUUCAAAUUAAUCAUAAAAGGUUUAUACAGCUUUGAUUAAAGUUUUGUUUAAUAUUUUGUGUCAUUGAACAGAGGUUUUGAGUGGGUUGGCUAUAAAUGCUAUCAAGGAAAGUUAAAAAUAUGGUUUUGAUUGUAACAUUUAAAAAAAGAAUCUUAGAGGAUUGAAACUUUUUAUGAUAAUAGUUUCCUUAUUGUGUCAACUAAAUUAAAAAUUUCAACUUAACGUUCUUUUAAAAUUACAGUAGUUUUACAUUACUGACUUUUCUUAUGUGAAUAAUUUAGUGCCGGUGAAAAGCUACUCCCGUAACACAAAUGUUGACAAGGACAUUGAAGAGUAUGAGAAACAAAUCGAAGAGCUCAUGCAAGGCUCUCUAGCCUCUACUCAACGAUCAACAGCUCAACUUGACAAUGCCGAAAAGAUGGGUAAUCAGACAGCCUUGAAUCUCUUGGAACAGCGUGAGAAGUUGGAGAAGACAGAAAAGAAUCUGGACGAAAUUAACCACACAACACAGUUGACUCAACGUUCACUGAAUAGUUUGAAGAGUGUGUUUGGGGGAUUCUUUAAGAACAAGUUCUCAAAAACUCCACAGAAGCCUAAUGCACCUGAAUCGGUAAGUAAUGGUUCUGUUUUUUUAAAUUACGUUAUGUUCUCCAAGUUUUGAACAUUAUUUUUAGUUUAAAACAUAUAAAAAUGACCUUAGAAUUUAAAAAGAUAUCUGAAAACUAUUUUUUGUUGUUUUUUAUAUCAUUUUACCAGACAUAUUGAACAAAAAAGACCAGUUUUAUAUUGUUGUAUCUAAACUAUUAAACGAUAAAGAUCACUUCUAUAUUUUUAAACCUAAUUAAACGAUCACCAUUUAUAGAUAACGCCAUCAGCGUCAGCAGGAAAGCUAGGUCGAGUAGUGGAAGAAGUUGAAGGUCGUACUGGAGCAGCCGCUGACACUUUAGCCUCAGGGCCCAGUUUGGGAGCCGAAAGUCGAAAUGCCAUUAAAGGUUCUCGAUGGGAAGCCAUGGACAACGAAAUCGACGAAAAUUUGGGUAGGUUUUUUAAUUUUUCAUAUUGUUUUUGAUAAAGUUUAUACACAGUUUAACAAGUUUAGACUUAAAUUAUUAAAUUUAGGCUUAAAUUUUAUACAUUUUGCUAUUUAAAAACCAUAAAACGCAUUAAAAGCAUUGAACUAGAAACAGUAAUGCAAUUCUCUUUAUUCCAGGCAGCAUGAGUGGCCAACUCUCACGCCUGCGAAUGCUCGGUCAAGCCCUGGGCGACGAAGUAGAUGACCAAAACAAGAUGCUCGACCGCAUCCAGACCAAAGCCGAACGCAACGAUCAUGUGGUGCGAUCGCAGGACAAUCAAAUGAAAAAACUGCUGGGUUACAAACCGGAGCCCGUCAAACGCUCCUGA